AGCAACCAGCUGGGCCUAAUGUUAACACUGGGACACUCAAGCAGUCGAAAUUAGCUGUGGCAGACGUGUGAUGCGUAGCAUGAUGCGUUCGCAUCAAAUAAGAAUUCCGCGUAGCGAUGGGUAGUGAAAAAUUAGCACGAAUGCCUAGAUUCCGAGGUGUGCGAGAUGGUCCGAUUCGCGGCAUACUUCUCAGUGAAUUUCAUGCUGUGGCGGGGUCAAAGAUUAGCUGCCAGGUACCAGAUAACCUAAUCUCGAAAGAAGUGUUCGAUUCAAUUCGAACCUUCAUUAUCCCAAAGCCACAGCUGCAACGAUGUAUCCUUACGAUCAAUAUACUGGGCCACAAGGUGAUAGGAUAUCCCGUGCUAAUUAAUCAUGUACGUUACCAACGGAAUGCUUUCUAUUUUAAUCUGUGUUUUGUGUGUGAUUCAUUGUCAAGAACCGUGCAGUACGAGGCAGUGGUGAAGAAACUCUCAGAAUAUUUGUUAAUGAUGGAGGAGGAGACGUCUUUCCUUUCAUGUUCCGAGAAGAACGGCAACAUUCACAAUCUGCUCACAUGUAUACUACGCGAUCUAAACGAGUGCCAAGUGGCUACAAUCGUAGAAGGCAGCACGACGAUCUAUUUGAAAAUCGGACGCCUCAAACCGGAUCCUCCACCUGUCCAGGAUCACCAGGUACCCCUCCUGUGCCGCGGGUUCGAGGAUACGGAUUUGGACGCAUGGGACCUGACUACACAACAAGUACUACCAUUUGUCAAUGGCAUGAAUCAUGUGGCGCGGAUUGCUGCUGAAGCGGAUGUCGAAAAUCAGCUUGUGAAGUCCUGCAUCCAGAAUCUAGUGUACUACGGAGUGGUGCAGCUGUUGCCGCUUUUAAAGUACAGCAACGUGUACAUGUGCACAAGAGCUUUGCAGAAACUGACGCGUAAUCGUACCUUUGCGGACGAGUGUCGGCGUUAUGUGCAGCUGCACACAGCCAAGGAUUCGGUGCGGUUACCGAGCCUAUUCAAUAUCCUACAACUCUACUCGCAAAUGACACACGGCGUCACGCUUCGCUCACUCUGUCAGCGGCUCUGUCCACGUGACAACAACAUCGACGAGAGGAAGUUGGUAUCAUUCGGGCUGCAAUACUGUCUCAUCCGCUGCAUUAACAAGUAUCCUAUUUUCACCGGAUCAGUACCAACGCCAAAACAUAAGCUCUACACAGGACUGAACAGCUUUGAUGAGAUCUGUUGCAAAACCGGCCUAGCACCUAGUCGUAUUGAGCAGGAAAUCGAUAUGGAUUCCAAUGUAACCGUCAUUUGGAAGUGAGCGCAGGGUGCUAGCACUGCUUCAAAAUUAAUUUUAUGAACGAUGUCAGAAACAUAAUUCUCUCGCACAUGGAGAUUAUGUUAACUACUACGAGAUUAUGGUUACAUAAUGCUCGGAUUUGGUAGAUUAUUUUAAAAGCGUUUGUGCAUGUUUUGCUGUACUUCUUUUAAUUUUUCGUUUUGGUACGUUAAUUCAAUGUUUGCUUAGUUGGUCACGAACUUGUUUUCUAAUUUAUUGCCUGAUCGUGCGUUUUAUCGACGGCAUUUUAACCAUUUUUUCGUAAUCGAAUCGUGUCAGCAAGGUGCUAGCUCGAUGUCUAUUCUUGUGGAGGAUUUACACAAAGCUCAGAUGGUCCCUGUUUUAUUCAUAGCUUUAUAGUGCCUGUUUGUAAACAGUCUGCACAGUCACCAGGUACGCAGAUUAAUGUGGUACGCAUAUAUCCUCGCUGAAACUAUGUUUUCGGUACAAAGCAGCCAUCGUAUCGUAAGCAUGUUAGGUUUGUAGCAUUUUUAACGUAUCGCAGUUUCGCAGCUUAUGCCUUACAAAUAAAGUGUA